AGUCACGUGACUACAAUGACUCUAUCUGCUAUCUAUGCUGUAGCAUACAACGGAUUCUUAGUGCUCGGGUGGUCGGUUGUUCUUUGGCGCUCUGCUCUCAGUCUGUUAGAUUACAAAGAGAAUGGUCUCAGAACGUUCUAUGCUGAUGUUGAAAAUUCACUGAAAGUGUCUCAAACACUUGCUGUAUUGGAGAUUGUUCACGCUGCAUUGGGUCUGUUCAGUUCUGGUGUAUUUCUGACUGCUUUUCAAGUAGCAUCAAGACUGUUUCUGUUAUGGGGAGUCACCAACUUAGGAGGAUUGCCUGUUCAACAACACUAUGGGGUCGUGCUGAUGGUGCUUGCUUGGACAAUCACAGAAAUCAUACGAUACUCAUUCUACGGUCUAACAGUGUGCAACAAGUUGCCAUAUUGUCUCAAAUGGUGCAGGUAUUCCUUCUUUAUUGUCUUAUAUCCAGUUGGAGUAGCUGGAGAAUUGUUACUGAUUUUUAAGCUGAUGGGGAUGCCCAAAGUGACAGAAAUGAUGUCACUUCGAAUGCCCAAUAAGCUCAACUUUGCGUUUGACUUCUAUUGGUUUCUCUGGUUUGUAUUGUUGCUCUACCCGAUUAUAUUUCCUCAACUAUAUGGGCAUAUGUUUCAGCAAAGGAGGAAGAAAAUUGGCGAGCAAGAGAAGAAAACAGAGUAGCAUUGGUGUAAGGUAGCAUUGGGGUUGAUGCAUUUGGGACAUUUGCGGCUUACAGACUCGUGUCACGUGACUUGUGGCAGCUUUGUCAUUUGCCUUAUUGUUUGCAAACGUAAUAGUGUCUUCUAAAUUUGCAAGACAUUGUGUAUCACAUCAUUUUCAAUUAUCUUUCGUAUUUACACAGGAAGAACAA